AUGGGGCGCAAGUUGGACCCUACGAAGAAGGAAAAGCGUGGGCCGGGCCGAAAAGCCCGCAAACAGAAGGGUGCCGAGACAGAGCUUGCCAGAUUCUUACCUGCAGAUAAGGAUGGUGAUGAAAAUUCCAAGAGGCUGUCUAGUCGGGCUAGAAAGAGGGCGGCCAAAAGGAGAUUGGGCUCUGCUGAAGCCCCUAAAUCCAACAAAUCUCCUGGGACUAAAACAUCGUCUGGAAAGCUACUAGAAGGAGCUGUGCAGAUACCUGCUAAGAAGGGAGCCCCAUCUUUAUAUAAUGCUGCUCAAGGCAGGAAGCGCAGAGCACCAUCCCACAGUAGUGAUGAAGAAGAGGAUGAGGAAGACUCUGAAGAAGAUGGUGUGGUGAACCAGGGGGACCUUUGGGGCUCUGAGGACAGUGAUGCUGAUAUGAUAGAUGACUAUGGAGCUAGCUCCGACUCCGAGGAGGGAGAAGAGUUGCUGCCCAUUGAAAGGGCGGCUCGGAAGCAGAAGGCCCAGGAAGUUGAUGCAGGGGACCAGUGGAGUGAGGAAGAGACUGAUGAAGAGGAAGAAAAGGAAAAAGUGUCCUCUGAGUCAAGCCCCCACACCAAGGAUGAUGAGAUCGAAGGAGGCCUACAAAUUAAUGUGGAUGAGGAAGAGCCAUUUCUGCUGCCCCCUGCUGGAGAGAUGGAGCAGGGUGUCCAGGCUCCAGAUCUACAACGAGUUCACAAGCGGAUCCAGGAUAUCGUGGGAGUGUUACGAGAUUUCAGCUCUCAGCGGGAGGAAGGUCGGUCUCGUUCUGAAUAUCUGAACCGGCUUCAGAAGGAUCUGGCUACUUAUUACUCUUAUGGAGAUUUCCUGCUUGGCAAGCUCAUGGACCUCUUUCCUCUGUCGGAGCUUGUAGAGUUCUUAGAAGCUAAUGAAGUGCCUCGGCCCAUCACACUCAGAACCAAUACUUUGAAAACCCGGCGCCGGGACCUUGCUCAGGCUUUAAUCAAUCGUGGGGUUAACCUGGAUCCCCUGGGCAAGUGGUCAAAGACUGGACUAGUGGUGUAUGAUUCUUCAGUGCCCGUUGGUGCUACUCCUGAGUACCUGGCCGGCCACUAUAUGCUGCAGGGAGCCUCCAGCAUGUUGCCUGUCAUGGCCCUGGCACCCCAGGAACAUGAGCGGGUCCUGGACAUGUGUUGUGCCCCUGGAGGGAAGACCAGCUACAUAGCCCAGCUGAUGAAGAACACAGGUGUGAUCCUUGCCAAUGAUGCCAAUGCUGAGCGACUCAAGAGUGUGGUGGGCAACCUGCAUCGGUUGGGAGUCACCAACACCAUCAUCAGCCACUAUGAUGGGCGCCAGUUCCCUAAGGUGGUGGGUGGCUUUGACCGAGUACUGCUGGAUGCCCCCUGCAGUGGCACUGGGGUCAUCUCCAAGGAUCCAGCUGUGAAGACUAACAAGGAUGAGAAGGACAUCCAGCGCUGUGCUCACCUUCAGAAGGAAUUGCUGCUGAGUGCUAUUGACUCAGUGAAUGCCUCCUCCAAGACAGGAGGCUACCUCGUCUACUGCACCUGUUCCAUCAUGGUGGAAGAGAAUGAGUGGGUGGUAGAUUACGCUCUGAAAAAGAGGAAUGUGCGUCUGGUGCCCACGGGUCUAGACUUUGGCCAGGAAGGUUUUACCCGCUUUCGAGAAAGGCGCUUCCACCCCACUCUGCGUUCUACCCGUCGCUUCUACCCGCAUACCCACAAUAUGGAUGGUUUCUUUAUUGCCAAGUUUAAGAAGUUCUCCAAUUCUAUUCCCCAGUCGCAGACAGGAGAUUCUGCAACAGCCAACACUACAAACCUUGAUUUACCUGACCUGAAGGAUCAAUCUGCCUACAAGUCUGAAAAUAGCAGCCAGCCUACCAAAAAGGCCAAAGGGUCUGAGAAGGCAAAGCAGAAGUUGCAGAAACAGAAAUAUCCCAAGAAGGCCUCCUUCCAAAAGCAGAAUGGCAUCUCCAAAAGGACAGACUCAGAAUUGUCCACUGUCCCUUCUGUCACAAAGGCUCAACCAUCCCCCAAGUUCCAGGGUAGUAGCAGUCAACCAGCUGAAAAAGCUGAAGUCAUCAGGGAACCAAAGGUGACUGGGAAGCCAAAGCAGCGAUCACCUAAACGGCAAACUCCCAAGAAAGUUGCCUUUCUGAAGCCAGAUACCCCUCCCAAGGGCACAGACUCAGAAACACCUGCUGUGCUAUCCUCCAAGACCCAGGCUGCCCCUAAGCCUGAGGACCAUGGUCAGCCCCUUGGGAAGGCCAAAGGGGCCAAGAAGGUAAAGCAGCAGUUGCCAGAGCAGUCUUUCAAGAAAGCUGCCUUCCGGAAACAGAAUGGCAUGCUCAAGUGUCCUCAUGCUCCCACCACUCAGUACUCCCUCAGUCCCAGCCGGCCCCCACCAGCAAAGAGGAGGAAAUCUUAGUCCAGUGGCAACAGCCACCCACUGUUGUCUUAG